AUGAUUCUGACGCUUGUCGCGCUCUUCUUGGCUUGUCUCACGACCCAUGCUGUUGGCCAAUCACAAGCAAGCAAUUUGAACUCCACUGGCACGUCAGCAGACCUGGGAUUCACGAAUAACGGCACGCAGACGGUCGAUCCGUCACUUGACGGAUCGGAUUAUUCUAACGAAAACUCGACGGACUAUUUUGACAGCGGGGAAGAACCGACGGACGAUUUUUCGGACGUAAGCGGAACGGACCCGGACGACUGGCUGAAGCGGGAAUGGCUGAACCAGGACGGAAAUUUCACGGGCGACGACGGGUCGGCGCCGUGGGAUUCGUUGCCGGAUUACGCGGAAAUGGAUGGCGGGAACAACGCUGAUUGGCUGGGGCCCGGCGACGACGAGUUUUACGAGGAACAAGCGAAUAUGUCAGAUGAGGAGCUGGAUACGUUGCUGACGCCGGUCGCUGCCUGUCAGCCAUCUAAACUGCCGGGAUACAACAACUCUGUCGACCUUAACGGCAAGGGUCUCCUCCUGCAUUGGAUGCACCUCUCCCCGCAGCUGAUGCAAAUGGCGGUGGAGGCAAGGCCGGGAAGCGAAGCAGCCACAGCAGGGUGGAUUUCCGUGGGGUGGUCUCUGGAAGGGCAUAUGGUCCCUUCGGACGCUAUCAUCGGGGGUGCUGCAGUAGCCCCUUCGAGCCCGCCGGGUGGUUUACCCUCGGUGGUUCCGCCGGGUGGUUUACCCGCGGAAUCGGUUCUGCCGUUUUAUAUCACGGGGUACGGUGUGGAUGGUCUGGAGCGGACGAACGGACUGAACUACAACGAGAGGGAGUGGAACUGGACGAGGAGCAAGGAGGGAGGCGUGAUUAUGAGGUUCACGCGUAGUGCGGAGCUAGAUGGAUUCAUGCCCGUGCAGCCUCUGGCCGUCAACCACAUGAUCUGGGCCUUCGCUCCCAACGCAUCGCGACAGCUGGCGUACCACGGGCGCCACAAGGGAUCACUCCGCGUUGACUACUCCUGUGCUACAUCCGCUGACGCCUCCAGCAGGGCAGCUGUUGCACUGUACAGGUCUCGGCUAGCCUGCAAGCCCUCCUCCCUGCCCGGCUACAGCUGCAUGCUACAGCUGCAGGGCAACAGGUUCGUGCUGCACUGGCAUCGGCGAAACACCUCUAUUCUCCUCGCUGCUGACGUGGCAACCACUGGUUGGGUCGGCGUGGGCUGGUCCAAGGACGGCAAGAUGGCCGGCAGCGAGGCAGCCAUUGGGAACCUGCCACGUGGCACUAUAAAGACCGGGGCGGCAGUGGGGCCGUACGCGAUGACGGGGUAUGACAAGGCUGACGUGGCACCCAGCGGGCAGUUUGAAUUGAUCAACGACGCGGUCGGGACUUCUUCAAAUGGCCGGACUGUGAUGAGGUUUGAGCGUGGCCUCCUGCCCGGCCAGAUGCCAUUCACUAAAACCUUGAAGGCCACCAUCCUCUGGGCUUACUCUCGUGACAGCACACAGGAGCUGGCGUUCCAUGGAGCCAACAUGGGAUCAGUUACAAUCGACUUCUCUUCUGGACGCGCCUCCUCCUCCUCCUCCCCUGCACUCAUCGCCCACGCGGUCUUCCUCUCUCUCGCCUUCUUCCUCCUCAUGCCCUCUGCCAUUCUCAUCGCCCGCCUCUUCCUCGCAACCCCCUCCUCUCACUCUUCCAACCCACUACACCUCUCGGACGCCAACAGCACAGAAUCCCAUCCUCCCUCCUCCUCUUCCUCUUCCCAUGCCGAUGACUCAAUGCUAACUGACUCGCGCCGAGUGUUCUGGUUCACAUGGCACAAGUACCUGCAACUGGCUGCGCUCGUCUGCAUCUGCGUCGGGUGCAUCACAGCGUUUGUCUCAUCUGGGUCCCAAGGUUUCCAUUAUGCCCACGCCUGGAUCGGUGUUUUCCUCCUCGUUCUCCUCGUGGUUCUCCAGCCUCUUGUUGUAUUCUUCCGCCCGUCAUCCCGGCCAUCUUCAUCCAAUUCGUCAGACUCUGCCGGCCAGUGGCAUUACGCCAGCUGGACGCGUGGGAGGUGGCGCGUGGUGCAUUGGUUGGUGGGCGUGGUGGGAGUGGUGUUUGGUUGGUUCAACUGCUUCCUUGGUCUCACUCUCUACAGUAAAAUGUUUGCUGCCGGAGUCGUGGGAGGAUAUGCCGUGUUCGGAAUUCUUGUUAUCAUCAUCGCCUUUGUUUAUGGUGCUCUUAUCGUACGAGAUGUCAAGAGGAAGAAAGCUGUCAAUGCUGCUGCUGCUGAAUCCACUGGGUUUCAGAUGCAGUCCAGGGCAGU